UCACUUCACCAUUUUUAUUCUAAUGGUGUUAGCUGCGACAUUUGCGACGAAGUUGGAGCACCCCACCUAGGCCUUGAUAGCUUCGAUCAUCUUGUCGAUGAUAGUCUUGGUAGUCUCAUCCCAAGUAGAUGACUCGUAUGUCACAUACGCCUCUGUCCUCCCCUUCCGCGCGACGAUUGUGAUAUACUUUGGAGGUUUUCCACUUGUAAGCAUCGACUUCGUCUGGAACGUGAUGUCCGUUUUGGACUGCGACUUUCCGUCACCAUGCCAAGCAGUGUACUUCCCAUUUCCAUGCGUCUUUUCGACUUUCUCCGGGUCUAUGUUCUCCAGAUACUGUUUCACUUGCUUGAGAUCGUUCUUGGAUGCUUUUUCCUGUAGGUAUCUGCUAAGUAAAGGAGGCCGAGGAAUGCAUUGGUAUGGGAAAACCUACGUUGACGUGGGCAGACAUGAUGUUGGAUGAGCACUUCUGAUCUGUAUCUCUGGCAACCUAAAGACGUACUUAUAUAGGUCAGGUUGGGUGGGUUGCGCCGAGCGCUCAUGGGACAGUGCCUUCCCCGCAGCAUGAGCGGUCUCAAAGCUAAAAUAGGUUCAUACGAUGUGCUAUCAUUCUGGCACAGGUUAUAGUGACAUCAGAGUAUAUUUGCUCAUCAGGAUAAAGGCAUGAUAUAUCC